AUGCUGUAUAAAAACGAAUGGAAUCAGAGCUCCCGUCGGGAGGUUUAUAUUUUGAAGCCAUAUGUAGGGUUCAUAGAAAUGAUGUCGGCAUAUGUGCCGCAAUUCGGCCAUAUUGACGCUGGGCUGGUCUGCACAUGGGUUCUGGAGCUCGAGGCUGAGCUCAACCAGCGAGAUGACACGGACUCGCUUUCAAACCAUGAUGAUUCUGCGAGCAGCGAUAGACUCAGCCUUACUCUGCAGAAUCUCAGCGAGAUGCUGCCUCCGAUGACCAAAAAUAGCAGCAGCAGGUCUCACUCCAACUCCGAGUCUUCUGAGAGCGUGGAGGGCAACAGGCGCCCUCUAUUGGAGGAAGAUGUGCACGCGGAACAGUGCAGGGCUCUCGCUGAGAUGUUCCCUAAUACUUGUGCUAUGGAGAUAAAACAUUGCGUCUCAAUCGGCCACGGCGACGUAGAGCGCGCUGCGGCGACAUUGCUUCACCGUCGUGAGCAAGGACAGUCGCUGUCUGCCGCCGCCCUGCACUCCGCGGCGCGCACCCCGCUCUGUGACGAUAGCGAGCUCAAGAACAGGAUUAUUGCUCGGUUUCAAACCCACACCCUCAUCCCGAGCGUACGGCGCGUAGCGGUCCGCGCGCGCCUCAAAGAGCCAUUACACCACCACAGACGGGGCCCUAAAGGGCUGAUGUUCAGCCGGGGUUGCGGGGUAAGCGCAAUGAGGCACCGCGACCUCGGCAUAGAGCAGGAGAAGGAACAGGGGGGUUUUAGUCAAUAUUCGUAUGUGGACAAGAAUGCUGAUCAGAAGGAACACAAGCCACUUGCUCCUAAGAUUGAGCCGAAAAAGAUGGUUCGCUACAGAGAUAACAAGAUCGUCUCCCUCAAAGGGGAGAGGGGGAACUCAAAAACUGGUCAAAAUUCUCUGCCUAGCCCUAAGGCGCCCGACCAGAACCAGGCCCGAGCGUACGGCGCGUAG